GACCAGCAGCGUUAAAGAGGAAGAGAGAGAAAAAAAAAGAAAAAAAAAACGAGGCGCCGAAGCCAGAAGAACCAACUCCCAACCUCCCGCCCGCUCCGAUCUCGAUCUCACGGGCGGCGCCUCCGCCGCCGAGAUGAUGGAUCCGGAGAUGCUGCGGCUGGCGCAGGAGCAGAUGCGCCGCAUGUCCCCGGACGACAUCGCCCGGAUGCAACAGCAGCUGAUGUCUAACCCUAACCUCAUGAGGAUGGCGUCUGAGAGCAUGAAGAACAUGAAGCCUGAGGACUUAAGGCGAGCUGCGGAGCAACUGAAUCAAACAAGACCGGAGGAUAUGCGUGAUAUGACUGAGAAAAUCGCCAACACUACUCCCGAGGAGUUUGCUGCUAUGAAGGCUCAAGCAGAUGCUCAGAUGUCGUAUGCGAUAUCUGGUGCAAAGAUGUUAAAGAAGCAGGGAAAUGAACUUCAUAACCAGGGACAGUAUUCAGAUGCUGCUAGCAAAUACAAGCUUGCCAAGGAUAACUUAAAAAGCAUACCAUCGUCCACGGCGCAUACUCUGCAGUUGCAAUGUACCCUUAAUUUGAUGGCUUGUUACUUGAAGACAGGGCAGUUUGAUGAAUGCAUAAGUGAAGGUUCAGAGGUUCUAACUUAUGAUUCGAACAAUGUGAAAGCUUAUUAUCGGAGGGGUCAGGCGUAUAAAGAACUCGGGAAGUUGGAGGCGGCUGUUGCUGACUUGAGUAAAGCCCAUGAAAUUUCCCCAGAGGACGAAACUAUUGCUGAGGUUCUAAGAGAUGCUGAAGAAAAACUUUCACGGGAAGGGGGAGGAGUGAGCACACGGAAAGGUGUUGUUAUUGAAGAAGUCGUAGAAGAUGAUGCUUCACAGCCAUCAAGCAGUCAAAGGAGUACUCCUGGGUAUACUGUUUCACAACCACCUGAAGGAGCAGGAAAUAUUGGGCUCUCAGGAUCUUCAGAAAGGUCAAGGGAUGAUCCUGCUUCUAUCAGGUCAUCACAAAAUUAUGUGUCCAACAAUGAUCCUGAAGGUUUGCCAAAGUUCGGAAUUGAAGGAAUGUCACCUGAACUUGUCAAAACUGCCACUGAUAUGAUUGGUACAAUGAAACCAGAGGAGCUUCAGAAAAUGUUUGAAGUUGCUUCUUCGUUGAAUGGCACUAGCUCCGCUGGUCCAAAUCUGGGACCCAAUAUGCCAGAAAUGUCUCCUGAUAUGCUUAAGAUGGCAUCUGACAUGAUUGGUAACAUGUCUCCUGAUGAGCUACAGAAAAUGAUGAGUUUUGCUUCUCAGAUGGGUGGGCCUGGUGGUGCCCCCAGAAGACCUGAGAAUAGUAACUUUGGACCUUCAUCGAGAGCUACAAGUAUUUCAGCCCGUGGAUCAUCAUCUCAACCUAUUUUGGAGAACCCUGAUGAACUAUCAAAUGACCAUAGGAUGGGCCAGUCGUCUUCUAGUCUUCCACCUUCUACAGCUGAUAUGCAAGAAACCAUGAAAAAUUCUAUGAAAGACCCUGCAAUGCGGCAGAUGCUUACAUCCAUGAUGAAGAACAUGAGCCCUGAGAUGAUGGCAAAUAUGAGUGAGCAGUUUGGAAUGAAACUGUCAAAGGAGGAUGCUGCAAAAGCUCAACAAGCCAUGUCGUCAUUAUCUCCAGAGGAUUUGGAUAGAAUGAUGAGAUGGAUGGAGCGAGCGCAGAAAGGGGUAGACGUCGCGAAGAAGACAAAGAACUGGCUCCUAGGCCGGCGAGGCUUGAUCCUCGCUAUUGUCAUGCUGAUCCUAGCCUUCAUCCUUCAGAAGCUUGGGUUUAUCGGCAGGUGAUGGAGUGACCUGGGGAGCUGCAUCAGCCAUCAGCAUGGAAAUAAUUGUUCACAUAGCGAUACAGAGUUAGCCCCCCUGCUAACAACUGCUUGAAAGCACUUCGGGGGGAAAGCUGAAAUACGAGAAUUCUUUGUAUCUGUAUCUGUAUCUGUUCGAAAGUGUAACUCUGUUCAUAAGCUGCAACAUUCAUCCUAUUUUUACAAUCAAAGGAGUAGAAAGGAAUCGAGCCGAAACUGUUGUGAUAACCAGCUGACAUGUAAUAUGAAUAUGAUAAUCCUUGUGGUGUUUUCAGUUUUGAUGAGUUGCAGUUUUGUUUAAA